AUGAAGUACCACUGGGAGUCUCACGAUUACAAGCGGGCCGGUGUCGAUGACAUGGUCCUCCUGACGCAGAUUUCGGACACGGCCGUAGUUGAAAACCUGAAGAAACGCUUUUUGGACGAUUGCAUUUAUACGUACAUUGGACCCGUUCUGGUAUCAGUGAACCCUUUCAAGUCACUGCCUUUGUAUGACGGGAAGAACGUGGAAAAAUACCAAGGAGCCGCUCAGUAUGAAAAUCCACCACACGUGUUCGCUCUGACUGACGAAAUGUACCGGGAUAUGAUGAUUGAGAAUGAAAGCCAGUGUGUCAUCAUCAGCGGAGAAUCCGGUGCUGGGAAAACUGUCGCUGCCCGUCACAUAAUGAAUUACCUCACUCGUGUAUCCGGAGGCGGAUCUAAAGCUCAUCAUCUCAAGGACGUCAUUGUUGAGUCGAAUCCGCUGCUGGAAGCCUUUGGCAAUGCAAAAACCGUUCGCAAUGACAAUUCCAGCAGAUUUGGAAAAUACGUGGAAAUCAGUUUCACGGUUGGCGGAGCCCCGAGUGGCGGUCAGGUGACAAAUUUUCUGCUGGAGAAAAGCCGAGUAGUGCAUCAGAAUCCCGGUGAAAGGAAUUUCCACAUAUUUUACCAGUUGCUGAGGCAGAAGAAUAAGACUUUGUCCGACAGACUCGGUCUUGUGCAACUCGAGUAUUUCGACUACAUGCGACAAAGCAAUUGCUUCAAUGUCGACGGAGUUGACGAUGCCUCGGAGUUUGAAGAGACUGGAAAAGCGAUGAAAGUCAUGGGACUCGAUCAGAGUGCUCAGUUUGAAAUCUUCUCCAUUGUUGCUGCUGUGCUUCAUCUCGGAAACAUCCAGUUUUUUGAGGAUGGGAAUUAUGUUAAAGUUUCUCCAGAAACUGCUGCAUACCCUGCUUAUUUGCUCGGAGUUUCGGAAGACCUUCUCCGACGGAAAUUGGAAAGUCACGUGAUGGAGUCCAAGUGGGGAGCCACGACGGAAAGCACGGAGUUGCUUCACAACUACGAGCAGGCGUGUUACGCGAGAGACGCUCUUGCCAAAGAGCUGUACUCGCGGAUGUUCAACCACGUGGUGUUGUGCGUGAAUCAGGCAUUGGCCAACCGGAACGAGGACCAAGUGCGGAUCGGGAUCCUGGAUAUUUACGGAUUCGAGGUCUUUGACUCGAACGGCUUCGAGCAGUUUUGCAUCAACUAUGUGAACGAGAAGCUGCAGCAGAUUUUCAUCGAUUUGACUCUGAAGGCUGAACAGGCGUGUUACGCGAGAGACGCUCUUGCCAAAGAGCUGUACUCGCGGAUGUUCAACCACGUGGUGUUGUGCGUGAAUCAGGCAUUGGCCAACCGGAACGAGGACCAAGUGCGAAUCGGGAUCCUGGAUAUUUACGGAUUCGAGGUCUUUGACUCCAACGGCUUCGAGCAGUUUUGCAUCAACUAUGUGAACGAGAAGCUGCAGCAGAUUUUCAUCGAUUUGACUCUGAAGGCUGAACAGGAGGAAUAUCAUGUGGAGGGAAUCAACUGGACACCAAUCGAAUACUUCAACAACAAAAUUGUCUGUGAAUUGAUUGAAGGCAGGAAUCCACCGGGUUUGAUGUGCAUCUUGGACGACAUUUGCGUUUCUAUGCACGCAGUCAGUGAAGGUUCAGACGAGAAUUUCUUGAAGGUCCAGUACUUGGGGUUGAAGGAAAAUGUGCGGGUUCGUCGUGCGGGUUUUGCUUACCGCCGGCCCUUUGAUAAAUUUCUGAGGAGGUACUCGAUUCUUUGUCCUCGAACUUGGCCGAAAUGGUUCGGAGAACCGAAGGAGGGCGUGAAACUCAUUCUUACGAGCGUGGGUCUGGAUUCGAGUCAAUGCCAACUAGGGAAGACCAAGAUUUUUAUAAAAGCUCCGGAAUCUCUGUUCGACCUCGAAGAAUCGCGGCAGAGGAAGUUCGACGUGUACGCCCGAGUGAUACAGAAUGCGUUCCGCAACCACUUUGCCAAGCAGCGCCGCCUCGUCAUGUGCACGGAGGGCGCCGCUGUGUUGGGCGGCCGGAAGGAGCGCCGCCGGAACUCGGUGAACCGGAGCUACGUUGGGGAUUACAUCGGCGUCGACUCCAAGGCCGAGAUGCGUCAGUUUAUCCCGAGGCGGUGUCGGGUGGAGUUUGCGCAACGGGUGUCGAAAUUCGACCGGCGGUUCAACCGUUGCGACCGGGAUUUAAUUCUCUUUUCCCGCGGAAUCGUUCUUAUUGGGGAGGAGAAAACUGCGAAAGGACCGGAUAAAGGAAAAGUGGCAACUGUCAAGAAGCUGGAAGCUCGGUUUGAAGACAUCUGCGAAGUUAUUUUAUCUCCUUUCCAGGAUGGAAUGGUGUUGCUUCGAGUGAAGAACCAGUUUGAUUCCUUGUUGGAGAUCCCGUGCAAGACCGAGUUCCUGAGGGCCCUGUCCAAAUGCUACGAACACUCGGUGGGUGGUGGAGUUCCGCUGAAAUUCCUCCCGGAAUUUGAAUUUCAAGUGAAAAACUCGGGUUGGGGCGGAGGGGGCCUUCGGAAAGUUCGUUUCGAACGAGGUAACGGGAACGUGGCUGUUUUGAAGGCCGCUAGAAAAAUCCUCACGGUUUCCAUUGGACCCGGACUCGAUCCAGCGACGAAACCGAAUGUGACGAUGAGCGGGAGGAGACAAUUGAAUGGAAACGGCCUGGUUCCAGUCAGAGCCGCACCAACCGGGCCUUCCGUGAACCGGGCCAUGACAAUGAGAUGUGCCCCACCUUCGCGCCUACCUCCGUCACCGCCGGUCUCGGCCGCUUUCGGCGCCACUCGAUCGCCGCCAGUUGCUGCGUCUGCGUCCGCUGCUACAUCUGCUUCAGUCCUGCGCACAUCAGAAUUCGAUCAGAUCAAGGGACUCGCGGACAGAGUGAACAACAAUAACUUGCACGGAUUUCCGGUCGGAUCACUGCCGCUUACGAGACCAAGCUUCAACGGUUCUCCUCCUUCGAUCGCCGCAACGAAAGCCAAUAACGGAAAACCGCCUUCAAGUGGAGUAGUGUCAUGUUUCGUAAGUUUGCCUAGUACAUCAUCGUCGUCGUCGUCUUCAUCAUCGUCUCCUCCGAAUAAAGACUUUCCGUCUUCGCCCAAAAGACUCGUGCCCAAAAGAUCGCCCACUUUUUCGUCGACUUACUCCCCCAACGGAAAUAAUAGUUUGCCGGUCAUGAAUCCCUUUGGCACGUUGAACAUGUCUGAGUUGAAACAGGCGAUUGGAUCCAAAGUGAACAGCGAUGGCGGACGAAUGUUGUCAUCGCCGUCUUCGACAUCGAAGUCCAUGUCAAACAUUGGAGACAUGCAGCGGCAAACUUUGAAACCGGCUUUGCAUCCGAAACCCAAGCCUAGUCCCGGAGGCGGUCGUCCGAAGCCAGCAUUGCAGCCGAAACCCAAGUUGCCAGUGCAGAUCCAAGCACCAGCAGCUCCUCCAGCUGCCUCGGAUCAUCAGCGACAAAGGGAUCUCCUGAUGAUGGCAGAGGCCUUGUAUCCCUACGACGCCCGAGGCGAUGACGAAUUAUCUCUCAAGGUCGGCGACAGGAUCCGGAUUGUCAAAAGGGAUCCCUCUGGGUGGUGGGAAGGCAUUCUCAACUCCAAAGCCGGGCUUUUUCCGGGUAACUUUGUUCGCGAAAUGACUAUUUGAAAAGCCACGCGGGGAAGAGAAAAAAAAACCUUUAUCUUUUUUUGUUUUGUUUUAUAUAUGCCGUAUACAGUAUACUUUUUUUUUGGGGCUAGUUGGAAAGUUUUCAGAUAGAUUUUUCUUUUUUUUUCUCUGUUUAUUUGACAACUAGCCCUCGUGAUAGUCUUUAAUUUUCUCUCUUUUUGCCAGAAGCUUUUUUUUGCCGUCUGGUUUCUGAAGCGGUUUUUGCUUUUGGUAUGAAUGUUUUUUUUUGCGCUUUUUUUUAUACGAGAUGGGCCAGGAAAAAUCAGCGAAGUUUCAGUGUUAGUGUGACGAUGUGAUGGAAAUGACAAGUGGAUGAUUUGGCUGUAAAAUUAGGUGAGCACUUGCUGUAUUUAGGUUGAUUGUCAUUGCUGGUUAUAUGCACCUCCAAUUAUGAAUCAGAC